UAAAAAAAAGAUAGGAAAUUAAUGGGCUAAGUUUGAAAAUUUUAUGUCAAGAAGGAAUUAUUUAAAAGAAUUCACAAUACAUGUGAGUUGCGACCCACAUUCUAGAAAAGAAUAAGAAUGAUGACCAAUCCUUCCCACCAAAACAAUACUUUAACAUACCAAAUUAGCGUAUAAGCUUUUCAAAAGUAAAGGAAAAUAAUUGUAGCUGCCUGCCUGUCAUGCAUUUUAUUAAUUUUUCAUUAACACCUAACAUGUACUUAUCAUGAGAAGUUAACGCACCGACCGACAUUACCAAACAUGCAAACCUUUCUCCGAUCCCUCGUCGACAACUCCGACCCUUCCCACCCAAUCGCCGGCGCCAUCUACACCCCCGACCACCCUUCCUUCCUCCCCGUCCUCCACGCAUACAUCCACAACCUCCGCUUCUCCACCCCUUCCACCCCCAAACCCUUCCUCAUCCUCACCGCAUUGCACCACUCCCACGUCCAAGCCGCCGUCUCCGCCGCCGCCGCCCACCCCACCACCGUCCACAUGAGGAUCCGCAGCGGCGGCCACGACUACGAGGGCCGCUCCUACUCCUCCUCCUCCUCCUCCUCUGCCACCCCGUUCUUCAUCCUCGACAUGUGCCACCUCCGCUCCAUCCACGUCGACAUCCGCACCCAGACCGCUUGGGUCCAGUGCGGAGCUACGUUGGGGGAGCUCUUCUCUGCGAUCGCGGAGAAGAGCCCCACCCACGCCUUCCCCGCGGGUGUCUGUCCCACGGUGGGCGUCGGGGGACACCUCGUCGGUGGUGGGUACGGCAACCUGAUGAGGAAGCACGGUCUGUCCGUGGACAACGUGGUCGACGCGCGCCUCGUGGACGCGCGUGGGGAGAUUCUGGACAGGGAGUCCAUGGGGGAGGAUCUCUUCUGGGCGAUUCGAGGCGGUGGGCCCAGCUUCGGCGUCGUGCUGGCUUACAGGGUGAAGCUGGCCCGCGUGCCGGACACCGUCACCGUGUUCCGCGUGGAGAGGACGCUGGAGGAGAACAUGACGGAGGUCGUGCACACGUGGCAGCAUUUCGCCCCCGCAGCCCACGUGGACCUCUUCGUCAGAGUUUUGGUCGAGGUGGUCAAGAAGGAGGAGGAGGAAAACGAGAAGACGGUUCGGGCCGCAUUUAUCGGGAUGUUCCUCGGCCGGUCCGACCGGCUGCUGGCCAUGACGCGGGAGCGCUUCCCCGAGCUGGGCCUGACCGAGUCGGACUGCACCGAGUCGAGUUGGAUCGAAACGACGCCGCACUGGGCGGACUUUCCGCGCGGGACGAAGGCCGCGGACGUGGUUCUGAGUCGGCGUCCUCGAAGUCUGGUCCACUUGAAGAGGAAAUCGGACUACGUCCAGCGGCCGAUUGAUAAGCCCGGGCUGGAAGCGAUAUGGAGGAAGAUGGUGGAGGUGGAGGUGGUGAAGAUGGCGUUCAACCCGUACGGCGGGAGGAUGAGCGAGAUAGCGGCGGAAGCAACGCCGUUUCCUCACCGCGCGGGGAACCUGUGGAAGAUCCAGUACCAGGUGAACUGGGACGAAGGAGGGGCGGAGGCGGAGAGGCGACACGUGGCGCUGUGUCGGGAGAUGUACGACUACAUGACGCCGUACGUGUCGCGGAAUCCGAGGGGGUCGUUCCUGAACUACAAGGAUCUUGAUCUCGGGGUCAACGGCGGCGGCGGGGGGGGAGCGGCGGCGGAAGGGUACGGGAGGAGCUACUUUAAGGGGAACUUUGAUAGGUUGGUGAAGAUUAAGGCUAAAGUGGAUCCUCAUAAUUUGUUUAGACAUGAGCAAAGUGUGCCCACGUACUGCUGUAACCCUAAAUUAUGAUGACAGCAGCUCAUGUACGUGACAUCAUUAUUGCACCCACAAUUUUCUUCCACCGUCGUCAUUAUGAGCAUGUAUCAUUAACCAAAAAAAAAAAAAUUGUAUUCCGGCGGUCCUGCCAUAAUACAUGUGAUGUUUCUAUAUAUAUAUAUAUUCCAUAGAUAUACUCGAAAAAGGAAUGAAAGAAGAGGAAAGAAUAUGCUCGACCAACGGGAAGAGGAAACGAAUAUACUCGACUGAAGGAGAGGAAACGAAGUAGUACCUACCUAUCCUACUAGGGACAAGAGAUAGACAUCCCUCCUCGGCCUAUAAUCUUGUUGUUGGAACUAUGGCAGUUUUAGCCGAAGAUAGAUCGUAAAUAGAUAGGGUAUUACAAUUUUAUAAAUGCUUGAAAAGUAAAAGCGGUAGCCAACCUAGUGUUGAACUACCGAUGCAAGGACCUUUAUGCCACUAAAUGGGCAACCCUGUUAGUAUGUCUAGAACCAUAAAUAAAUGAAUAAACGCAAAGGAAAUCUUCCUUUAGCAAACUGCUUGAAGCACCCAUCCGCAGAGUACAAACUUCUUAUCUCCUAUAGGUCAAGUUCCAAUAGGCCAACAAUAGAGUUGAAGUGCAAGUUACCUGCAAGAAGAACACACAAACGACCCCUAAAAGGAACAAAGCAAAAUUCAGGUACCAAUGGACCUCUACCGAAGAUGCUCCACAAGCUAUAUGAACUGAUCCCCGCCUACAAAACAAAACAAAAAACAAACAUGCCAAACCCAAUGCAAUGUGGCACUAGUGGAUGAAAUACUUUCCAUGUCCGAUGACAAACAAUUUCACUCUAUCAAUAAGAGCGUCGAGUAAAAAAAAUAACGCAGCACCCCCAACAAAAAUACCAAACACAAAACUCGUCAAAAGCGCAGUCUGGCAAAAGCAUCCCAUCCGAGAUCGUAUCGCAAUCGAGGAGAGGCCUUGCACAGGAGAACUUGAGAUGGUCGCUGGGCGAGGGAAGGCCGAGGUCGAUGGAGAGCAGAGAAGCCGCGACGGAUGGCGGAGGAGAGAGGCGGUUACUUACCUAAAGUGAAGCAUACUUGAUGCGAAAAGUCGCAACAACAAAUCCAUCUCAGCCACUGUGAUGUCGUUGCAGAAGGAUGGAGCGAAACCCUGCAGAGUAGCCUAGUCGGAGAUGCUACCGAACAGUCGCACUAUGGCGAAAGCGGCGAGACUGGGGGAAACCACCGAAUAAACCGUCUCUCAAUGCCAGACGAUUCUUCCGAGGACUGCUUCUACAUGUGAUGUUUUAUUUUCGCACUUAUUCUAUAUAUUUUCUUGUGUAUGUUUAUUAAUCAUUACCACAAUUAUAUAAGUUUGUAUUCAAAGACAUAAAUGAUUUUUUUUUAGUUAUGUAAUCUUGUCAAAUAAUUGAUCUUCCUAUUUUAUCAAUUAAUCACCCAAUGCAAUCAACUAUUUUCAAUUAUAUGAGUUUGGCAAGUUAUUUUUUUAUAGCAUUUCUUAUUACAUUACGGACAUAAUUUAUUUAGCUCCAACUUUUGCUGGUCGUAAAAGCUCCAAUCAUCUACAUGUGAAUUUAUUUUCUUGAUAUUUAAUAUUCUUAAUUAUGCUAAAUAAAUCUAGAAUUAAAAU